UGGGAAAACAAAAAGGUAAAAAGAUUACAAACCCUAACUAUUUUGUCAUAUCCAAGUGCCUGGGCAGUUUCUAGUCUUUUCCAGCGCCCAACCAAUAAAAUCAUUUCCUAUUUAUUUUGAUUUGAGUGCGCGAGAGCGUGGAAGUAUCAGAGUCGCUGAAGUUGGGAGAGGAACCGAGGGAGAGAAAUGGCGGAAGAUAUAGCUCUGGAUUUGGAGGAGCUGCGCCACCUCCAGAGCAUCGCGAAGAGGCCUCGCACUGUUUCUCUCAUCACCUCUGAAAUUUGCAAAUUGGAAAAGUUAUCAAAAGAGGCUGCUUCAACUACUCCAAGUCCAACACCACUAACAACUCCCUCAAGGGUGAUGUCUGCCCCAUCACCGAAUUAUGUUACUCUUGGAUCAUUCAGUUGGGAUCAAGAUACUGAAAAACUCAAGAUCUAUGUGUCCCUGGAGGGAGUUAAGCAGGAGAAAAUUGAGACACUGUUCAAACCAAUGUCGUUUGAUGUCAAGUUUCAUGAUGUUGAAGGAAAGAAUUAUCGUUGUGCCAUACCAAAAUUAAACAAGGAGAUUGUACCUGAGAAAUGUAGAGUCGUAAUUAAACCCACAAGGGUCAUCAUCACAUUGUUAAAAGCUUCAAAAGGAAAUUGGCUCGAUUUGUACUUCAAAGAGGACAAGCUAAAGCCAAAUUUGGACAAAGAACGAGAUCCCAUGGCUGGAAUUAUGGACUUAAUGAAGAACAUGUAUGAGGAAGGGGAUGAUGAAAUGAAAAAGACAAUUGCAAAGGCGUGGACUGAUGCAAGAUCUGGCAAAACAGCUGACCCUCUGAAGGGCUACCGUUGAACCCAGCAGGAGCACGGUUGAGUUGGUUUGGCACCUGAAAAUGGUGUUUUUGGACGCAGGCCUGUUUCCAAAAUCCACCUUUAAAAAAAAAAAAAAAAAAAAACCUUUUCUAUGUUAUUGUGUUUUGCUUCUUGAUAGUUUCUUGGAGAUUUAAUCACUUAUGUUACAUAUAAAUUGUCUUGGAUUCACAUGUAGUUGGUCUGCUGAGAUACCAUGCUAAGUUUUAAUGUUACCCAAUGCCCAUGGGAUCUUGGGAUGGUGUUGUUUA